CAUCGAAACCAGGCCAUCAUUGCAGCUGAUCAAAGCACUACACAGCUGCCAUACAACAUAUUCCGCAUUUAUUCAGUUUUCAGUAUCGAAAAGCUGUGUGAUAUUCCGUGUUUUUCUCAGGAACCCUUGACCAGUUGACCUUGCCGCUAGCCCGGGUCCAUCAGACGAUUUUCCGAGGCAGCAAUGGGUAACUAUAUGACCAACUACAUGGCUUAUGCCAGCAAUUCUUCAGUGAUGCCAACAGUUGAAGCUGCUACUGUUGAUAAUGAGAAAAAGGACAAGGAGUCGGAGCAGGACAUGGGAGACAAAGUCAUGGUUGCUAUCGAUCCCAGUAAGAAUUGCGAAAAGGCAUUUGAUUUUUACAUGACCAAGUUGUAUCGUCCUGGCGUACAGAUCGUCUUUGCUCACACAACUGAACCACCUUACUAUGGAGGGGCAUCCGUCCUCGAGGGAUUCGGGGGCUGGUAUCAGUCGGAAACGAAAAAAGAAUAUGAAGCAAUGUUGGCGAUGAAGAGGGAACAAACUAACAAGUUACAGCAUCAUUAUAUAAACAAGCUCAAGUCUUAUGGCAUUGAUGUGAAUAAUAAAGAUGCCUACAGGUGUCGUUGCAUGGAGUAUGGUGGCAAUGCCGGGGAAGCACUUGUCCAGAUCGCUGACGAAGAGCAGCCGAUGAUGAUCGUGAUGGGCUCCAGGGGUCUGGGUGUCUUGCGGAGGACCAUUCUAGGAAGUGUGAGCCAUUAUGUGAUGGAAAAUGUAGACUAUCCCGUUUUGGUUCAUAAAGCGAAAACGUGGCUAGAGUGAUGAUACAUGCAAUUCAAAAUGACGGUGCUACUGCAAGAUGGUAGUCAAGUGCCAUUUUUGUGAGAAUUGAGUUGUAUGACAACGUAGCUUUCUCCAGGUAUGGUCUGAAUGCAUUAUUGUAGACUGGCCUAAAAAGCAGUGUGAAACAUUAAACUUGGCUCCCCUAAUGCAUUUUCUAUUCGCCUUAUCAUUGUCUUAACCAAUUCUCUCGAAAGAAAAACGGUGCACUUGACCAUCUUCUUAUAGCAUCUUCAGUUUAAUAUCUAGAACUGUAUCUGUUUGUUAUUGUUUACCGAUAAAGGCAAUUGAACUAAUAAAUUUGUCUUCAAACCAACUCGACACUCGAUUGAUAGAAACAGAGAUUGUGAUAUGCUAACUUCGGGUAGUCAGUCCUACACAUCUGCUCUGCUUGUUGUGGCUUGCGCGCCAUUAAUUGGUAUUUGUAAACUAGUAAACUGUAGUAUGUCAUUUAUGCAACACUGUAUGAUGCAUUGUUGAGUGCUUGAGAGAUCAGCACACUUUUGCCGAUAACCCUGUACAUUUGCCAGAUUGUUCCGACAGCUGCAUGAUGUGCCAUUAUGAAUAAACAUUCCUAUGUUAAUGUUUAAAAAUUCUGUGCCUUCAUCUUGUUAGACACCAAGUUCCCCUUCUCUUACAUACUGGUUCAGAAAACAUGCUUUUUAUAGGAGAACCUGGGAAAGUUAUGAAUACCUUUUCUUGACAUCAGCCUGCCUAACGAAGUCGCCGGUGUUCGAGAGCCGCUGCAUGGUUUCUGACCUGAUGAUCCUUUGCAAUUAAUCUGAUUAAUCUAGCAGCAACAGCAAGAGAUGUCAGUGACCGAAGUAUUUGCUCUAUCAAUGUUGGUCAUCUAUGAGAAGGGGAUAAUGUUUUCAAAAGAUUCACCUGCAGCAAAGGAAACGUAGGUUGUUGAUCUCGACUUCAGUUUUGGAAUCCUGAAACAAAAACAUGACUACCUACAAGGACCAGUACGACCUACACCUCCUUCGACCCACGUGCAAUGAAUCCCAAGCAGACGAUGCCAAUUGUUCAGCAGACGACAGCUACGGUUAUGAUUACUACUACGAUUACUACACGUACGCCUCGGACUUGGUCCUCCCCGAGGCCUACGCCAUACCCAGCAUCUUCGGCUUCAUCUUCGUGGUCGGGCUCGUUGGGAACAGCUUUGUCGUUUACGUCGUCCUGCGGAACGGCGCCAUGAAGACAGUCACCAACCUGUACUUAGUAAACCUAGCGGUAGCUGAUCUUCUUUUCCUCGUGUUUUGCGUGCCGUUCACUGCCUGGCUGUACGUGCUUCCCAACUGGAUAUUCGGCGAACCCAUGUGUAAAUUGACAAGUUAUCUAAUGGUUGUGACAAUGGCAGUCAGCAUCCUGACUUUAACUGCGAUGGGACUCGAACGAUACUAUGCUAUCGUCCACCCAGUCAGGUCAAGGGUUUACAGAACUAUUGAGACGACCCUGUGGGUCCUUGGAUCCAUCUGGGUGGCAUCGUUUCUUGUCUUGCUCCCCAUACUUUUCGUCACCCAGGUGAGACAACACUUCGACUACGGUGGCUGGCAGAAUUACUGCAUGGAACACUGGUCAGUGCCCUUCCAUAGGCAGAUCUAUACAGUCCUGGUGUUCACGCUGCUGUACAUGCUCCCAUUGAUGGUAAUCGCGGGGUGUUACCUUCUCAUGGCAAGGAAUCUCUGGUCCAGUGUCAGUCCGGAGGUCCUGGAGAACGAGUCUUGGGCAAGGAGAAUAAAGUCCCGUCGGAAGAUCACCAAGAUGGUUCUCAUGGUGGUGGUCGUGUUCUGUAUCUGUUGGCUCCCAAUUCACACAAUCAACCUCUGGAACGACUUUGGAAUAACAUCAGAGAACGUGCUGAUGUUCAAGUACGUCCUGAAGAUUCUCGCCCAUUGCUUGUCCUACGCCAACAGCGCGGUCAAUCCAAUUAUCUACUCCUUCCUCAGCGAAAACUUCAGAAAAUGCUUCAAACUGUCCUUCCUCGCCUGCGCCCGGAAGGUGACGCCGAAGGUCUUCACUGUAGGCGCACCCGGGACAGCCGUGGUAGAAGCUCCCCGGCGACAGUAUCAGAACCAACCGGCGUCCAGCAGCACCGAAGAGGAUCACGUGAGAUCGGAGGUGUGGGGCACGUGUACCAGUCACGGGAAGAAGGUCUACAAGCUGAAGGCCCGUGGACCGAUCAUGGAGGCUGUUGAUGUUCUUCCGCUACGCCGUAAAACAAGCAUUGUGUAA